AUGUCUUCAUCUGUCUUCUCCGAGACUCUCCAAGAGAUUACCACUACGAAGCUAUCAGAGCUGUCUCGACGGCGCACUAUCUUCGAAGACCAGAAAGCCUCCGUUGUCGCCGCUUCACAAGCCCAACCUGACCAAAAGUUGAGACUUGCAAUCCUCAGUGAUGGUUUGAAGCAAUGCUUUGCAGUCAAGACCGCUAAACGCAAGAGGGGUGAUCGCCGUGGAGGACCUGGUAGUAUCAUCCGCGGAAGUACCGACGAUCCAAGCCUUGAGAUCCUCCUCAAAAACUUCGACCGAUUCUCCGAACAGGCACGGUACGAUCCGUCAAUUUCCGCGAGAAUUAUGGACGACUGGGAGAUUACUCUGAAGAAACGGCUUGACGUACAAUCUCUCAAGUAUCAAUAUGCUGCGCUCUAUGGUAAGCUUGUAACUGAAUGGCUGUCCUCUUCAGAGACUAUUGAGUCUCCAGUAAAGACAAGUGAGACUCAAACGCAACCACGGGAUUCUUCACGUGCCGAAUGGGAAGAGCUGGUGUUUGCGGAUUUCAAGACUGAUGAAACGAAGAUUUCCUCAUAUCUUGGAAAUCUUUUCGGCAAGAAUGGAACCAACGACCAAGCUAUUAAGGCCCUUGAAAAGCUUCGCAAGGACGUGGAAGCCUUUGAGAUCUCGAUGUCAGUCCCAGGCCAAAUCAACAAUGUCAAUCUGAAGUGGGCUAUCAAUGGUUUGCUUUCUGCCGGCUUACUGUCCGAAGAGAAGAAUACUGUGUUGAGGGAUUUUCUUUCUAGUACAGUAAUUCUUACUGAAGUGGCCGAUGUCCUCAAUAUGCGGAUGUCAUCACUCCAUACCUGGUCUUGGGAGACUGAUGUGCCAAUCGAACAACGUCGACACGUUACGGGUGCCUUUCAUAUGUAUAUUGACGAAGAUCUACUACAAGCAAUUUUCCUACAAUACAUCGGAGUCAAAUGGUCCGUCUUCUUCAAAAACGCUUUUAUUUCAUUUUCGAAGCACGAAGAUGUAUGGACAUCCCUCCGGCAGCCCGUUUCCUCUACGGAUCUCAAGCGACGAGAAUAUUUUUUAGGAAAACAAUCCAAAAAGCCUAGCGUUCAAGCCAAGCGACAAAAGUUGUACAAAUCCAGGUUCUUCAUGUCACAGCUUCCAAGUGAUCUUUAUGGAUCUGGUACUGCCAAUGCUCAAGGAGAAGAAGAAGUUGUGCAUGUCGGAGGCCGAACUAUGCAGACCGCUCGAGCACCUCGAAGGCAAUUGGCGUCAAAAGCCGCUAGGAAAUCCGCCCCGUCCGCCAAUUUCAAUAGGUACAUGUCUGCUGAGGUAGAUGAGGAUUGCUCUGACGAAUCCGACGAUGACGACACCGAGGAUGAGGACGCAACAUCUCAAUCUCCUAUGGCCACCAAGCAAUUUUUGCUCCAUCUAGUAGCGUCGGAAAUCAUCGUGAACACUAAAUUGCAUGGCGAGAUCACGGUGACUCGUUCUGAAUUCGAGUCUUUCUUGCCAUGGUUGCCGCACUCGACCAUAUAUGCUGUUUUGAACUUCUUCGGGGUCUCUGAAAAAUGGCUCAUAUUCUUUCGAAAAUUUCUUGAGGCACCGCUCAAGUUCGUGUCAGAUGGACCUGGUGUAUCAUCGAAAAUACGGAAGAGAGGCUGCCCAGGAGCUCACGCUUUGUCGUCUAUGUUCAGCGAGACUGUCUUGUUCUGUCUCGAUUACUCAGUCAACCAAAACGCAGAUGGAUUGCAACUCUUUCGAAUGCAUGAUGAUUUCUGGAUGUGGUCUCCGUCACAAGAGAAAGUGGUCAGAGCAUGGAAGGCCGUGGAAGCUUUUCGUGCUGUGAUGGGGGUCUCGUUAAACGAGACAAAAACCGGAACAGUCCGUGUUCUGGGUGAAGAUACAGGUGUCGCGCCUAGCCCUGACGCUGCUCUUCCAGCAGGCGAAAUCAGAUGGGGCUUUCUUCUGCUCGACCCCGUUACUGGUCGAUUUGUUAUUGAUCAAGAUAUGGUCGACAAGCAUAUUGAGGAUCUUAAAAGUCAGCUUGACAAUAAAAAGGGAAGUGUCUUUUCGUGGAUUCAAGCAUGGAACACUUAUGCCGGAACGUUCUUCAAGACAAAUUUUGGCCGACCUGCUAACUGCUUCGGACGAGGUCAUGUUGAUAUGAUGCUUUCAACUAUGACUCGUAUCCAGACUCGCAUAUUCUCCGACAGCAAUGUGGUUGAAUUUCUCAAGUCAACCCUCGAAGAGAGAUUCGGAAUCAAAGAUAUCCCUGAUGGUUAUCUAUACUUUCCCACCGGUCUAGGUGGCCUUGAACUGCAAAAUCCAUUCAUUGGCACUCUGCAAGUACGCGAUGCAGUCUUCGAACAACCAGCCACAGUCAUCGACGAUUUCAUUGACGGCGAGAGGAUGGCAUACAAUGCAGCGAAGAAGGCUUUUGACAACAGCGAAGUCCAACGCCACUCAAUUGGCGACCCCAACUUUGUUCCGCAUGACGGAGACACCUUUUUCAGCUUCGAGGAGUUCUCGCGUUAUCGUGAAGAGUUUCGAUCUCCUUCAGCCGACGGAAAUUUACUUUCCGUAUUCAAAGACCUUCUCAAGCAGCCAAGCCCAGAAUUUCUUGACGCCACUCCAGAGGAAAUGAUGUUAUUGAACAAGUACGCCGCUAAUGCAUCGAUGUCGGAUGGAUAUAUGAGGUGGGUGGCGCAGCUUUACGGUCCGGAAAUGGUCGAUCGGUUUGGUGGGUUAAAAAUUGUCGAUGCUGGACUAUUGCCUAUUGGAAUGGUCAACUUGUUCAGAAGUGGCCGUGUUCAGUGGAAAGGUUGA